GCCUUCCAUGGUGCAAGCAGAGUCUUUGAGGCCAAUGGAGCCCGCCAGCAUGGGCAGUGCACCGAGGCCGUACUUGCCCGCUAGGAUCAAUGAUCCAAACCAGCCACGCCAACAACUUCCUGGUCUUCAAGAACUCUUGAGUCCACCACUAAGGACUGGUCCGCCAUCAUACACGCCCAAUUGGCCAUCAGUCAACAACUCACAGUCCAGCUGGUCGGACGGUCAUGGCUCUUCCUCUAGCGGUCAACACAGGCCACCGCAAGUUUUAUCACUCCCAAUUAAUCCUACUCCACCGCCGUUCCAUCGCCUUUCUCUGGACGUCUCUACAGCUGAUCGCUUUUCUCAGCCUGCAUCAAAUGUCCCCCUUGGUGCCAGGCCUUCUUUACCUGCCCCUCCUCCACUCCGCAGAUUCUCGGACUUUCCAAGCCCGCACGGGCCGGAGCCACCGUGCCAACCUACGCAAGGCGUGGAUGCUAUGGGGCCACCUCAGUCACAGGCAGCUUCUCCCUACCAUGGAGACACGGAGGGCGAUAUAGCUAGACGUCUGAAUGCAACUCAAGGGAUGCUAAAUGCACCGCCAGCCAGCAAUUACAGCCUACAGUGCGUAGGUCAGCGGCAUAUCCCUGGAGAGGGCAUGUGCUACGUAUUCAAGGAUGGCAGUACUUGUCCAACCAUCAUCGAUGGAGAACCAANNAAUUGCCGCGAGAAGAAGAUCAAAUGUGAGCCUGGCGAGAAGAGCUGCCUCCAAUGCGAAAAGGCCAAGCGAGAAUGCCACAGGUUUGCGUCUCCAAAACCAGCCGCCGACUGUCUACUAAGAAGUGAAAGCAGGCCACCAGCUCCUCAAUCACAAGUCGAACAUGUCAACAAUACGACGUUGGCUAUUCCUAAUCUCNCCCUAGGACGAGCUGAGUGGUCUAGUCAAUCUUCCGGCAGCAUCGUCAUGGCCGAAGUGCCAAAUCAGAAGCGUAGGCGUUCAGCACAGGCAGCACAACAAGACGUGUUGAAUCUACCACCGACAUGGAAUCGCGAGAAAUCGCCGCAAAGUCUCAAAAGACGCAAGUCUGAUGGCUCUGCAUCCUCGCUCGAUGGACCUGAAAGACAGCGCAAGGACAGCAAAAGAGUUGACCUUGAGGACAUGAUUCAUCCCGCCCCUCGACCCGAGAAGAUAGAGCCUUCUUCCUGGGACCAAGACCCUUAUCUCUACGACCCUGAAGCAACCAUGCGUUUCCUUGAACUAUUCUUUGCACAAUCCGCCCGCGAGGUAAGCAUAAUGUUCCCUCGCGGUACUUUCACUCGCUGGGUGCGACAGUCUCGCGACAAGUGUCAGCGAGAAUGCAUGGUACUAUAUGCCGUCCUUGCCAUGGGUUCCAUCUUUGCCGAGAACGAGUUCUCCUCCUUCGCUAAAACCUGUGCGGACAGGGCUGGUCAGGCAGUAUCCCGUAUUGAUGGAAAGUUCAGCUUGGCUAUAGUCCAGGCUCGACUGCUUGUAGCUGGAUACAACCACCUUCUCGGCAGAGACAGUACGGGUUGGGAUUUGAGCGGCUCCGCUCUCAGAGUCAUCAGCGCGAUGCGUUUGAAUAGCGAAGAGGGAUGUGGAGAGGAUCUGGACGAGUUCACGCGACGAUACUUCAGUUUUUCGCGUGAGCAACUUAGAGAGUGUCGCAGGCGGACCUUCUGGACUGGUUUCCUUGUGGAUGUGAGUGUCCACCAAACUUCAAAACAAGCACGUACACUGACGUUUUCUAGCNGAUACCAUGGAUUUUGUGGAGGACUGCUUUGCGCCAUACAACUUGAGGACAUUCAGCUUCGACUACCUUGCAACGAGCAGAUCUAUGAAGAAGGGUUGGCUUCGGAUGCACCACUCUUUGAUUGUUACCAACCAGGCAUGGGCCUGCAAUCAUUGGAUCCAAAGAUGAGCACACCAAGUCCGGCGGCAUACAUCAUGAUCAUGGCUUCUCUCUGGACCGAUGUGACCAAACUCAUCUUCCGCCGACCUCGACAGACUGCAGAUUCGGGUUCUUAUAUUAAGAGCCACGAGUCUUUAUUGGGCGACGUCCAGGCCAAGCUCUUCGAUUGGAGAACGUCACUACCGCCUCAUCUGCAAUACAGCCGACAAAGACUUGUCGAGGCUACCCAGCAUGGAUAUGCUGGCAGUCUUAUUGCUAUGCAUGCUUUGUAUCACAUCUCAGAGUUGAAGGCAGCACGCAAUGCGCACCAUGAGCUUCUGUCACCCCACACGACUUCGCGGCAAAUUCGACUCGCGCAUACAAACGCUGUCCAGUUGCUCGAAAUGGUCUGCGACGUCCGAAGCACGAAACCUCAAGGAUCAGGCAAGGGUCAGGAUCCGAUUAAUUUGCUGUCUCCUUUCUUUGCCUAUGGCAUAACUGCAGCUAUCGACACACUCAGUGCUGGAGGCCAGAUGGAAGACUUUGGGCACAUCAUGAGGCUCAUCAACGACAGUAUAGCGACUCUACACGAUCUUGCACAAUUUUGCGCCAGCGCAAGAAUACAGGCCAAACAGACCAGCAAAAGGAUGGCACUCAUGGAAGUCCGAGCUGCCGAGAGCUUCGAGGCAACGGCCGUGGUAGCAGCGCCUCGGGCAACCAAUGCUGGAGGAAACGAGAAUUGCUGGAGGAUCAGCGAACCCAUGGAGCAGGUUUUCACGUUGCAGCAAGAUGUGUGCUAUGGAACAUCUCCUGCCGUCUACUUCAAGGCGCUGAGAGAGGGUCGU